AUGGAAUCUGAAGGAAAAAUUCAUCAUCAUCAACAUAAAAGUGUUCAAUAUACAAAUUCAUCUUUUGCCGUUCUAUUGGCUGCCUUUAGUUCAUUGGCUGGAUGGUUUUUUGGAUAUGACCAAGGUGUUACUGGUGGUAUAGUUGUCAUGAGUUCAUUUAAAAACGAUUUUUGUGUUGGUGUAUAUGCCAAUGCAACUGUUUGUGACCUUCCAAUAGCUGCUUUGCCUUCAGAUUACAGAAGAUUUUUAGUACUCUUUACUUUUAUGUAUAAUGUCGGCUGUUUUAUUGGUGCUAUGUUUAUUUCUUCAUUUGUGGCAGAAAAAUAUGGACGUCGAGCCAUUAUUUUCACUUCAGCAAUUCUGUUUUUAAUUGGGACCUCAAUAGUUAUUUUUCCACCAGGAGGUUCCAAAAAGAUAAUGAUUUUGAUACUUAUUGGACGGAUUAUUGAAGGAACAGGCGUUGGUUGUUCUUCAUUUUCUUGUCCAUUAUAUGCUUCAGAAAUAGCUCCAACAAACCUACGUGGAAUGCUUUCCGGUUUUAUGCAAAUGACUGUCGUAGCUGGGUUGUUUGCUGCCAAUGUGGUAAAUUUUUUAAUACAAGAUCAUAAAUGGGGCUGGCGAUUGUCAAAUGGAAUUAUUUUAAUUGCUCCGAUUACUAUAAUGAUUGGCAUAUUUCUCUGUCCUGAAACUCCUCGAUGGUUGUUCAAAAACAAGAAUCGCGAAUCAGCAGAGAAAAGUUUAAAGCGUAUUCGUCAAACAGACGAUGUAACUGCUGAAUUAGAUGCUAUUGCUGAUGCUAUACAAGAAGAAGGUGAUCACUUUUCAAUCACAAAACUAUGCACAACAAAGAAAAUGCUUGAAAGACUUAGUAUAGGGGUGGCCAUGCAUAUUUUACAACAGACAACGGGUAUUAAUCCUGUAUUUAAUUUUGGUGGUAUUAUAUAUCAAAGUGUUCUUGGAAAAGGCAUCAUAUCAUUAUUGAUUUUGUCUGGUGCAAAUAUGUUAAGCACAAUACCAGCCUUAUUCUUAUUUGAUAGACUAGGACGUCGAAAACUUCUCAUAUUUGGUGGCUUAGGCAUGGCAGUUGGUCAUUUCCUAGCAGCAACAGUAUUUGUCACAGGUUGUGACGUAAUUAAAACUAUCACCAAUGGUACUAUAGUAAAUGAAGAAAUUGUGAGUUGUCAAACAAGUUCUGGUAUAUUAAUGCUUUUCUUUACAGCUAUUUUUGUAUGUUUUUUUGCACUUUCUUGGGGACCAGUCGCCUGGAUUUAUGCAGCUGAGAUUUUUCCUCUUAAUGUUAGAGCUAGAGCUGUUGCAAUAACGACAGGGAGCAAUUGGUUUCUAUGUAUGAUUAUGGCUUAUGUAUUGGAGUUAAUAACUCCAUUAGGAAUACAUGGAGUAUUUUAUAUUUUCGGUGGUCUAUGUUUAUUCUCUGCAGUAUUCGUAUACUUUUUUUGUCCAGAAACAAAAGGAAUUUUACUAGAAGAUAUUGAAAAAGAGUUUGAUAAUUUUCAGUUGAAGAACAGAACAGUAGUAAGAGUAAUUCAGGCAUCAUGCCAGCGGAACAAAAAAAGAACGGCUAAAGUGAAUGUUAUUGCGACGCAAUAA